AUGCAAGGAGAUUACCUGGUCCUGCACCAAGCAAACCAUCCCUCCUUCCGCUCAUUCUUUCCCACGACCAUGACAGGCGCCGCAACAAACAAGGUGUCCGACAAAGAAAACACGAACCCGGCGUCGCCAGCCAAGACAGUACCGUCUCCGUCGCGAAAGAAGACCCCGCUGGCCGACUGCACGGACCAACAGCCCGGCUACGCGACAAUCAACGGAAAUACCACCGAAUUGCCCCACCACAGACCGCUACAACGUCCCCGAAGAGCGUUCGACCAGGCCAUGGCCGGCGUGCACAAAACAGUGCCCUACGUGAGCCCGUCCAAGCGUCGAUCGUCCCCCGACAAGCGACUGGCCGCAGCCUACAAAAAAAUCACACACCAUCUGGACUUUAAUAUUCACGAAGACAGCCAGAGCAGCAGCAACAGCACAAUCUGA